UAGUAGUUUGUUUUGUUUUUUUUUUUAGUUUUAUUAACAUAAUAUUCUGCGCUGACUGAUGUAGAUUCAAGUUAGAAAACAGAAAAAAAGUUAAAUAUUCUGCUAUUGACAUUUUUUUUAUUGAAUCAUAUAUACACGUUAUAAUGGCCUUAGAUGAUAUCUCCGACUGGAUUUCACAGCCUCACGUAUGUAGAUGUUGUUUAUCUGCUAAUGGUAUUUGGGAUUUAACCGCAGUAUACUUAUCGGACACUGGAAUUAAAGAAGUAUUUGCUGAAAUACUUCAUAAAUGCUUAGGAAUCAAUCUUUCCCAUAUAAACGAGAUGGAUUCAAGUAAACUUGUGUGUGAGAUUUGUGUCAGUCAACUCCGAAGUACUUCAAAUUUUCACAAACAAGUUUUACACGCUGAUAAAUGUUUUUCACAAUACAAGGAAAGCAGAAAAGAUAUUAAUAGUAAAUCGAAUUCAGAUAAAAUUAUAAUAAAAACAGGACAGAAAGAUAUGAAUAACAAAGAUAAAGUGAGAAAAAAAAUAUUGUCUGAAAGUGAAUACGACUCGGAUACGCCAAUUGCAAAAAUAAAACAUGCCCUGUGCGAUACGGGACUUGUCGACAUGACGGAUACGGAAUGUUAUGAAAAUUCCGAAUUAAAAGAAAAUAUAUUAAAACAAUAUGAGGAUAGAGUUGAAAAUUUAGAAAAAGAUCAAAAUGCUGGAAAAAUUAUAAAGAAUAUCAAACAAGUAUCCGAACGCAAGCGAGUGAUUUUAACCUGUGGUACAGUACUGCGAGAAACAACGGCUUGCCCUUUCCGUCAUCAUAAAAGCUGGUUCCAAUGCUUCUUUUGUUCUCAAGACUUCAUGGAAAUAGAUUCAUUAAGAAACCAUAAUCUCCAAUUUCAUCCAGACAUCGAAACCGAAUUAAAAAAAAUAAAACGAUACCCUCGAUCUCUCCAAAUUGACAUUUCGAAUUUGGAAUGUCGAAACUGUCACUUGAACUUGACAGAUGUCGAAUCGAUGAAGCGGCAUUUCGUUGAAAAACACAAUAAACUUAUUUACAAAGAAUGCAUAGCAGAUUAUAAAGUGAACGCUAGUCCUUACACUUGUCAUUUAUGCAAGCGCGAGUUCCAUGUCUUUAGGACUUUGACGACGCAUUUGAACGAGCAUUAUGCGAAUUGCAUAUGCGAUGUUUGCGGGAAAUCAUUCCUUAACACCAAACGUCUUAAGGUUCAUAAACGCACGCACGAAAACGGUUCGUACCCGUGUAACGAAUGCGGUAAAGUUUUAAAGACGAAAACCUCAAAGGCCAAUCACAUGGAAAGCGCACAUUCGAAGCGCGUUAUUAAAUGUCAAAUAUGUUUUAAACCUAUGAAACAUUAUAAUGAUAGGGUAAAACAUAUGUCCGAAGUACACAAUAUUACUCAUAAAUUUAAAUGCCCCAUGUGUAGUAGGGAAUAUAAUAUAAAGCAUUAUCUAGCGACACACAUACGUCAAACUCAUGGUCAUAAGAAUAAGAAAUGUCUAGAAUGUGGUAUGGCGUUUAUUACGAAUCAUGGGUUGAAAAAACACAUGUCGAAACAUACGGGUGAACGGCCGUUUUCUUGUAAUAUAUGUUGCAAGUCCUACGCCAGGAGUUACACGUUAAGGGAACAUAUGCGAGCUCAUGAGAAUGAUAAGCGGCUUGUAGGGGCGGCUUUAUAAGUUUUUUUUGAAAUUAGGUCCAUGUUAUUUAUCAUUGUAAUGCAUACCUAUUGAUUAUGUUUGCGACAUUUUUGUUAUUAUGAAACAUGAGUUGAAUUAUUCCAUGUAAAAAAUGGUUUUAUUUCUGGGAUUGUGCAAAAAUUAAAUUA